AUGGAAGGGCUUGGGCCUGCAAACAACAGCUACGCAGAACAGAUCAUCAACCUGAAUGUUGGCGGGCGGCGAUUUUCAACGUCAAAACACACCCUAACAUGGAUACCAGACUCCUUUUUCACAUGCCUCGUCAGCGGCAGAAUUCCUACAGUGAAGGAUGAAAUGGGCGCUAUAUUUAUCGACCGGGAUCCGGACGUCUUUCGCGUGAUUUUAAAUUACUUACGAACAAAGCAGGUCGACCUAAGUUCGGUGAACGUCAGCACCUUGAAACACGAGGCUCAAUUUUUCGGACUGGCGCCUUUGGUUCGCCGACUUAUAUUAUGCGAGGAGCUUGAGGUUUCUGCAUGUGGGACUGUGCUCUUCCAUGCCAUCAUCCCGCCCCCGCCUCUUCCCUUGACUCAAAAUGAAAGUCGAUCAUCGGCUUCAUCUAGGAGUCGGGCUCCGAUAGCAGCUUUUGAUGAAGAUAACGGGAAAGCACGCCCUGAGACAUCGCGUGCUGCUCUUCAGGAUUGCCACCAUGCAGCGGGCAUCGUACGCGAUCAAAGCUUUGAUCAGUUGAGCUGCAGCGGUAACAGUACGCCGAGAAGUAGCUAUGGCUGUAAACGUGCUGCCACCGGGGAGCUGGCCCGACAUAUAAAAAACGAACUGUCGCAGCUGGCUUUUCGCUGUGAAAGUGGUCGCCAUAGUUCAACCUCCAAUCUGGACGAGCACGGGAUCGACACACUGAGAGUCAGGAUUAUUCGUGCGCACCACAACUCGAUCGCCGUUGCUUAUGCUUAUUACAUCUGCGUUUACACAAUGAAGGAAUCGUUCGGAUGGCAAUCGACUUAUACAUCGCCGAAAAUGGCUUCGUUUAUUAAGCAUGCGGCACUCCAUACUAAAUUCGGGCCCCAAUCAAACGAAAAAAUGCUAGCGGUUGCGCUGGAAGACGGUAAUGUCUGCCUCUGGAAUAUUACCGAGGAGGCUGGAACGUUGAUUGGCAAAUUUACACUCGGCGUCCCUGUCGAUAAAUUGUUCUUUGUCGGAAGUCAAAUGGUAGCGUUGAGUAGGAUUGGCAAAGUCGGUAUCUGGCAUUCGAUGACUGGAAAUUGGCAAGUACAAGACGUGGUCUCAAUAACUUGCUAUGACACCGCGGCUUCAUCGUUAAUUUUGGGAUGCACCAAUGGUUGCAUGUAUUAUAUCGAUAUGCAGAAAUUUCCACUCCGGAUGAAAGAUAACGAUUUGCUAGUAACGGAGUUGUAUCGUGACCCAAAUGGAGACCCGAUUACUGCGAUUUCAGUCUAUUUGACGCCAAAAACCAAUUUGUGCGGCAACUGGAUCGAGAUAGCCUACGGUACAUCAACAGGGGCUGUACGCGUAGUUGUUCAACAUCCCGAAACGGUAGGCCACGGACCUCAGCUGUUCCAAACGUAUACAGUCCAUAAUUCACCGGUUACUCGGGUUGCCCUUACUACAAAUCAUUUAAUUAGCGUUUGUUCGGAGUACAAUCACGUACGCACCUGGGGUAUGACUCGGUUUCGUGGGAUGAUCAGCACACAACCAGGCAGUACUAGUCUCGCAUCUUUCAAGGUUCUUACCUUGGACAGUGCAGACGACGCGUUGGAUCGAGAAUAUACGGACACAGGACCAUACGGCGAUCAAGAUGGAGACCAAGUGUUUGUGCAGCGUGUUGUGCCAGAUACCAAUCACGUUUUUGUACGACUGGCAUCUACCGGGGAUAGACUCUGUACGAUACGUUCCGUGGAUGGUUCCGUGAUUACGGCCUUUCAAGUCCAUGAGUGUGAGGGGUCGAACAGAAUGGGAAGCCGUCCUCGAAGAUACUUAUUUACUGGAACUUCCAGUGGCACCGUUCAGAUGUGGGACCUAACAACUGCACUGGAUCAGUAUCAUGCAUCGGCUUCCAGUAACGCUUCUUCAAGCCAUUCGUUUACGAUUAACCCUGGACAAUCCAUUCAACAAAACAAUCUAUCUAAUGGUGCCUUAUCCCAAAAUUCAUCAUCCCUUCCGUCAGACAAAUUUCUGCAGCAGAUUCGGCUACCAAGCGGUGGCGUAGCAGGCCUAAAUGGGCCGACGCCACAGGAGUUGCUAUCGCUUAUCGAUGAAUGCGAAAUUUGCUGCUCCCAGCUUCCAUCUCCGCUUUCCACUCCGCAUCACUCCAUGGCAAACCUACCAACCUUCGAAGAGAACUACAAAAACAAA